AUGCAAAAUAAUAAUAACAACCAGAAUGCAAACACAAAUCCGCUCCAAUUCCCUCAUCCAAAUUUCCCCAUGUCAAUGUUUAUGCCUGGAACCGGACCCUCUUCCUCCGCCACCCCAUUUCAGUUCCUGCAGAAUGCGGUAUAUCCGAAUGGGAUGGGCGCUUUCUGGAAUCCGGCGGUCAUUCAAAAUUUUGCAAUGUUGAAUCAGAAAGCUAUGAAUAUGAUGCUACCACAACCUGGUCUCUGGAAUCCCACUAUUCCUGUCGCCCCUCCAAUCGACGUGCCGAAAGAAUCCGAACCUACAGUACCGCUGUCACUAGCCAACAACCCAUCUAUCACUACCAAGUCACCAUCUCCCCAACUGGUACAGCCUGAACCAAUGGAAGUUGUCAAAGAGAGAAAGAGAGAAUCCACACCACCAGUGGACGUCGUCUCUGUCUCCCCGGAAGGAAAAUCUUCAGCUGAUCGUGAGAGAUCGGUUGAGAGUUCAAAUUCAAGAUUUGAUUAUGAUGAAGGGAAUGAUGACGUGGAUAAUAUGUUUGGCAUAUCGUUUUCAGAAAAGGAGUUGAGCCCGAGUUCAGAUGGGUCUCGAGAGGAGAGGUGUCUCAGUCCUAUUGCUUUCACACCACCAGACUCUCCACAACACCACUUAUCUUUCGACGAAAUUCUCGGGAUUGGCUCAACUGUCAAGCCCAAAGAGGUACCCAAAGCAAAAACUCCGAGCCCUCCAAAACCUUCUUCUUCCAAAAUUCCAACCAACAACUUGAAGAUGGAUGAGGAAGAGUUCAUCAAGAACUACGUUCAACCGAAGAAAGUUCCAAUCUACAAACAAAAGGCAGCGUUAAUGUUACUUGAAGAUUCGAAAAAGAAAAAUGACUCAAAUUACGAUGUGUUUGAUUUUGAUAUGGCUGAUGAGGAAGAUCGAUUUGUUGAAGGAGGAAAACCUGCAGAAAAGCCGGAGAAAGUCGAAAAAGAGACUGUGGCGAAAAGCGUAUACAUUCCUGGAGUUGGCUUCGAAGUGAAGAAUGAAAAGGAUGGAAAUGUCAGGAAAGCGAUGGCAAAGUCUAAAGAUCAGACUGAAUUCAUUUCAGAUCAUCCUGAAUUCUCUCUUGCUGACAAGAUCCGAGCCGAGCGAGACAUUAAAAUGAGUUGCUCAUUUCUCAAAAUCAUGGAACUUUCUGACACGGAUUGUGCGAAAAAUAUGAGAAAAGUCACUGCAGAGGAACCGUUACUUCCAAAGUUCACUAUUAAAAUUGAUCAGUUGAAAGUGAUGAAUAAGAAGCGGAAGAUAAAGAGCAAGAAACGGAAAAGUGCUGAUAGUAUCUCGGAUGAUGAUGAUGUGAGAUACAGUAAGAAGACUGGGGAAGUUGUAUAUUCGAUUCUGAGAACAUCUGAGACCCGCCCAUCUGCUUUGAAUUUUCCAGUAGGACCGGGGGUUUCAGGAGAGGAGAGGAGACGACUGGAUAUGUUUGGACCGGCUGAUGGAAUUCUACCUAAAGAUGCAUAUCUGGUCUUGCAAUCAGACAUUUUGAAAUGGGACUGCCCGAUUUGGAAGGUUGACAAUCAGACACUUCUACGAAAGUUUACACCAUUGAGAGCAAAGAAUACUGGAAAAUUAGUCUAUACGAGCACUACCACGUAUUCCGGAUGGUACGAGCAGAUUAAACAUCAAUACUUCCGAGUCUCCGUUCGAGUUAUGAAGAGUUCUCGUUACGGGGUGGUGCUGGAACCGGAGAUUCCGCUGAAUGAAGUUUUUUGCGCAUCUGCGAUGGAGUGGUUCAAGAACCCAAGAUGUUUUUUGACGGAAGAACCCAUCACAAAAAAUUCCGACUCGGAUUUUCUCAAAGAACCCAGACAAAAAGCUCUCCACACCCUUCUCAAUAUCUGCCUUGUACAGGCCUUGACAAGAAAUUAUGUGAAGAGUCUUCGUGACAAAAAUGACUGGAGUUACACCCAUGCAACCGCUGAAAUUGAGAAGAACAACGCACGAUGCGAAGAUCUGAUUCAGAAGAGUACCCGGGUAGAUUUGAAACUCAGAAGAUGGAUUGGAACGUAUACGAGACUUUUCAUCUCAAAGUCUUCCUACCAUUGUCUAACCAAGUGCCAGAUUUGUAACCUCGAAAAAUCCCAAAAUAUUCUUCAAUUUUUCGAUAAAACUGAGUAUGAUCUUAAUUUAACAGUUGAUUCUUCAACGGAUAAUUCUGAAAAAGAAAACCAAGAUCCGCUAGUAGUGAAUGUGAUUUCAUGUGAAAGAUGCUCCAUGUCAAUCGACUUACUUCACAAAAUGCAUCACCUUCAUUUCCAUAUUUUGAGAGCGUGUGAGGAUAAGCUAGAACAAAUUGGAACUACAGAAGUCGAUCUCACCGUUAGCGAAUUGAUGAAAAUGGCGAAAUCCGAUGAAGCUUGGGUGUUUGGUGUCAUUCAAAUGUAUUGUGAUAUUUGGGAUAGUGUUAUUGAGCAAUUUAGUAAUAUUUGUUGA